AUGGAAUCAGCGAUGCCGAAAACCUUAUAUAAUCAUCCAGUAUCACCGGUCUCCUGGUUCACUGUGGACGGGCGCAAACCUCGUACGAAGGCCGACGCCAACAUGAUUUUGUACUGUCCUCCGGAUACGGGCAAGACCGCGGCUGCACGCGCGGUCGCGCAAACAUUGCGACUCAACUUGGCGUUCGUAAACGCUGAGAAUCUUCUCUCCUCAUAUCGAUCCGAAACGGAAAAGAACUUGCGCAUCCUGUAUGAACGUAUGCGCGUUUUGGUUCACGUAACCGGCCGCAAUGUUAUUUUGCUCAUAGACGAAGUGGAUGGCUUGGUGAAGAAUCGCAGCGGUAGCAGCGGCGCACCGCCUAUCAGCAGCGGCGAUUACAGCUUGCUCACGCGGUUUCUCACGAUACUAGAGCCCAACGACGGUACGGAUAACUACGGCGUAACGGAUAACUUCAGCGUGUUUACAACGAAUCGAUUGGACAAUUUGGACGAUGCGUUUCGACGGCGAUGCAUCGCCGUCUUUUUCAGAUAUGUGACGAGUCGUGCGUCUUUGGCCCCUUUGGCCGGUCGCUUUCUGGCGGAUUCGAUGGACAACGUCAAUGAUAUUUCGCACAGCAGCGCGGCCAUGGGCGUUCAAAUACUGAAGCGCGAAUUUUACCUCCGAAUUUCUAGCAGCGACGGCGAACAGGAUGGUGGUGGUGACGGCGGCGGUGGUAUCGAUCAAACGCGUAGUGGAACGAACAGGGAAAUUGUUCUAGACAUGCCACCUCUCAGCAUUGCGGAUAUCGUUAAUUUAGCUUCACGGUACAAACCGAUCACGCGGUCACACAAAUACAACGAAUAUUUGGGCGACGACGACAGUACGCGGCACUAG